UUACACGCGGACAACUAAUACCAGGGCUGUGUACAUUAACCUCACGAGAUGAUAAACAAACGCAUUUUUAAAAAAAAAAACAUUUAUAACCCGGAAAUGCGGGUUUGAUAGCACUGUGCUAUGUUAACAUGGGCCGGGUCAUGACACGGUUUGUCAAACUGGUUUUUGUUUUUCGACCAACACAUUAGGACGGAGUCUGCGGAUCACAACUGACCUCUAUACGCCUUUUUUAAGUUGUUACCAAUGGAAAGUUGGUCUAUAUUUUCUGUCCGCAUGCCUCUGAAGCAAAGAUACUUCCUUCUGCUGUGUUUUGCUAUCGGUGUGAUCAUUGUUUAUCGCUCUUUAAGGAAGAGUCACGCUGAAGUCAGAAGAAUGAGCCAUGUGGAGGGUCUGAAGGCCAACUCCUCUCAGUUCACCCUAGAGAGGAAGCCUUUCCGCAUCUUGGGAGGCUCCAUUCAUUACUUCCGUGUGCCCAGAGCCUACUGGGAGGACCGGCUUCUGAAGAUGAAAGCCUGUGGCCUCAAUACUCUCACAACGUAUGUGCCAUGGAACCUGCAUGAGCCUGAGCGAGGAGUGUUUAACUUUGAAGAUCAGCUGGAUUUAGAAGCUUAUCUUCGGCUUGCAUCCAGUUUGGGUCUCUGGGUGAUUCUGCGUCCAGGGCCGUACAUUUGUGCUGAGUGGGAUUUAGGUGGAAUACCCAGUUGGCUGCUACGGGAUCAAAAUAUGAAACUGAGAACAACUUAUUCUGGAUUCACAAAUGCAGUCAACUCCUUCUUCGAUCAGCUCAUUAAGAGAGUUGGUCCUCAUCAGUACUCAGAGGGUGGCCCAAUUAUAGCAGUUCAAGUGGAGAAUGAAUACGGCUCCUAUGCUAAAGAUCCAGAAUACAUGCCUUUCAUCAAGGAGGCCUUAUUAUCAAGAGGCAUAACAGAGCUGCUAAUGACCUCAGACAACAAGAAGGGACUAAAACUAGGGGGAGUGAAAGGAGCACUAGAAACUCUGAAUUUUCAGAAGCUGAAUAAAAAAGACAUCCUUUAUCUGGAUGAAGUACAGCCUCACAAGCCCAAGAUGGUGAUGGAGUACUGGUCGGGCUGGUUCGAUCUUUGGGGCAAUCUCCAUCAUGUAUAUACACCUGAGGACAUGUUGCCUGUUGUCAGAGAAAUCCUUCAGCUGGGCAUGUCGAUCAACUUUUACAUGUUUCACGGAGGGACAAAUUUCGGUUUCAUGAAUGGGGCGUUCACCAUUGGCAUACCAUCACCUAAGCCCAUGGUAACAAGCUACGAUUACGAUGCUCCAUUAUCCGAGGCUGGGGAUUACACCACCAAGUACCAUCUUCUGAGGAAUUUAUUCAGCCACUACCACACUGAGCCUCUCCCUGAACUGCCCUCUCUACAUGAGAGAAAAGCAUACCCGCCUGUUGUCGUCCAACAGCACCUGUCCCUCUGGGACAGUUUGCACUUCACUGACAAGCCUUUUAAGUCACAGAAACCAGUCAACAUGGAGAACCUUCCUGCCAACAACUACAACGGUCAGUCAUACGGGUACACUCUGUACGAAACCACCGUCACCAGUGGCGGAAUACUCAGAUCCAAAAACAAUGUCAGAGAUAGAGCUCUGGUUUUUGUCGACAAACAUUUCGUUGGUGUGCUGGAUUAUAAGACAUUGGAGCUUGCUGUACCUGAUGGGAAGGGAAAAAGAACUCUAGGUUUACUGGUGGAGAACUGUGGAAGAGUCAAUUAUGGGGAAACCCUGGAUGAGCAGCGCAAAGGUCUUGUUGGAGAUAUUGAGUUAAACAAGCAGCUCCUCCGAGAGUUCAUUAUUCAUAGUCUGGAUAUGAAGCCAGCCUUUGUAAACAGAUUGGAAGCUUCCGGUCACUGGAUUGCCAUGCGUCAUCGGCCCUCCUUCCCAGCAUUUUUGCAAGCUAAACUCUACUUGAGCCGUUCUCCUAAGGACACCUUCAUAAAACUGCCAGGCUGGAGCAAGGGCGUCAUCUUUGUCAACGGUAAAAAUCUAGGACGCUACUGGUCAAUUGGUCCUCAACAGACUCUGUAUUUGCCAGCGCCGUGGCUCCACAGGGGCGACAACCAGAUCAUAGUGUUUGAAGAGCAUGAAGCAGAUGGUGUGAUCCAGUUCAGCAGCAGCCCUGACUAUGGCAUGAGUGUUGAUGUCCAGUGAAGAGAGGAGGUGAGAGGGAAAGAGGAGGAUUGGAUUACGGGAUCUGAUCUUUGGAGGACUGUAAACAGGGCCCUGACUGGACUAGCAGCACUCAACCAUCCAAUGUAUAAUGCAGUCGGUCUGUCAUCAUUCACGGAGCAUAACUGGAAAACCAUUCAAUAUUUUUUUGCACUGACCUUGAUCCAGUUUUUCAGUUAUGAGUUUGAGUGGUGCCUAUUCCUAUUCAGCAGCCUAUGAACUAAAAGGGGGCGCUCCACUGAACAAUGUUGUUGAAUAAUUCUUGAAUCGUACGUCAGAUAUUGAAAAGCUUUACCUUUAUUUGUUACCUUCGUCAAGAAGGUUAUGUUUUUGCGGUGUUGGUUUGUCUGUCUGUCUGUCCGUGUGCAAGAUAACUCAAAAAGUUAUGGACGGAUUUGGAUGAAAAUUUCGGGAAAUGUUGAUACUGGC